AUGGGAAAAGGAGACAAAAUCCCGUUUUGGUUGGAUUUAUGGGCUGGAAAUAGAACUUUAAGCGAUACUUUUCCGAAUCUUUAUAAUCAUGAAAGUGACAAAAGAUGCUAUGUCUCGGAUCGUUAUAGAACAAACCAAGGAGGUAUCCAGUGGUUCUGGGGAAGUAGAAACAAUCUGUCAUCUAAUGCAUUGUUAAAAGAAUGGGAUGAAUGUUUGGCAGUCAUAAACGAGGUCACAAUUAGUCAAAGAUCAGAUGCGUGGCUAUGGAGGAUGGGUGAGAAACAAGUGGAAUUUCAGGCAAGAUUGGUAAGGGCGGAACUUGAUGAAAUCAGUUUAAUAAACGAAACAACAGUGCUGAUCUGGCUGCAUUGGAUUCCCAAAAAGGUUAACUGCUUCCUUUGGAGAGUCGUUUUGGACCGGAUCGCUACGAAAGAGGCACUUCAGAUUCUGCGAAUUCAUCUUCCCUCGGUUAACUGUGUCCUAUGCAAUGAAGAGAUUGAAUCGGUUAACCACCUUCUCGUUACAUGCGGCUUGGCUCAACAAAUCUGGGCUGUAAUCUUUCAAUGGAUGAAGAUUCCUCUUCCUAGAUAUAUCCUAAGUGUGGUGCAAUUAUUGGAGUUCACGGACUCGUAUCAAGGGAUAAAGAAAUACAAAAGGGCGGUGUAUACGGCGGUAGCAACAACCUGCUGGAUCAUUUGGAAAACGAGAAAUGAUGUCAUUUUCAAAAGCAAACCUCCAGUCCUUGCGAAGAUAAUUGGAGACAUCAAAGUAGUUUCGUUCUCAUGGGUUUGUAAUCGUUCAGAACUCAAGGAUUUUCCAUGGGAAAAAUGGAGAAGUUUUCGUAUGAGAGAGUAA